AUGACUGGUCUGCUUACAAAUUACUAUAUAGCUUAUAAAGCCUUCUAUUUUGGCUAUAUAAAUAAUUACUUUAAGGCCUAUUAUAAGAAAGAUAAUAUAAUACUUCCUCUAAUCCGCAAGCCUUCUUUAUACCUCUCUUACCUCUUUACGGGCAAUAAUCUGCUUUACCGAAUCUUCCGGGUAAAUAUCCGAAUAUAUAAUUAUACUUUUGCUUUUAUAUUAGUUAAGUAUAAAAAGGAUAUAUGA